CAAAGCCUGUUUGCAGGACGCUCAAACGUUGCAGGAACACUGGAGACUGUUCAUGAACCUCCUGGAGACGAAGUCUGGCUACAAAGUCUCUCCGGAUUACACCGGCUGUUGCGCCUUUUUGACGCCAAACGCCCAGAAGCGGUCAUGGAUUUUCUCAAUCACAACUACUUGAACGCGCGCAGCCCUUAUGACUAUACUUUUAAUUUCUGGAACGACUAUCUCGGGCUGACGACGUUGGUGACGAAGAACAACAAGCUCAGCGUUCCCCAGAAUCCAAACUCCAUCACCGAGUCCCUGAAGGCGACUCUGGGUUUGGACGAUUCUCCGGCGUGUUCGUGCGUAAUCGCGGGCGGCGGCUCCGGCGGAGAGUGCUGCUGCUGCUGCGCGUCCGGCAGCCCUCCGCCGGCCUCCAUCCUGGACCUGAAGGAACGCUUCUCCAUACCGAGCCCCUUCCAGAUCCAGAACCAGCUCGGCGUCCAGCUGCCGGAAAGGGAGGCGGCGUUCAGCGGCAGCUUCGCGGGUUUCGAUCUGUUCGGCGUGGAGAGGAAGAUGCGCAAACCCGCAUCCAGGAGCAAGCAGGAGCCCAAAAUCUGCGUCUUCUGCCGGAAUAACGGAGCGCCGGAGGAGGUGUACGGCUCCCACGUCCUGAAGACCCCGGACGGCCGGGUCGUGUGUCCGAUCCUGAGGGCUUACACCUGCCCGCUGUGCAGUGCCAACGGGGACAAUGCGCACACCAUCAAAUACUGUCCGCUGUCAAAAGAGCAGCCAUCCCAGCGACCGUUAAAGGGAGGGAGGGCUGUGGGUGGUAAGAGGAUGAAAAUAUUCUAAAAAUAAUAAUAAAAAAAAAAACAACUGUAAAGUACAUUGAAUUGCACUGAACAAUUUCCACAUGACUGUUUUUGAUUUUUUUUUCAUAAGCAUAUUAAUUUGAUCUUUUUUUCCUCCUAAGAUCUCUUAUAUUUUUAUAGUUCCUUUAUCCACAUAGAAUAAUUUUAUGGUUUAUACGUCAGAUUUUACUUUGUAGUCAUUUCGAGCGUGUGCAUAUAAAUACACCUAUAAUCACAGAGUGAAUAACGUAUUUUGGUCAUGUAGGGAAACACAUUGGCAAAAGGGGAUGAAUGUCAUAUUUCUUACCAAGUAUUUUUGUACCGUUGAGCAAAGCUCGCUACUGUCUUUCUUUCUUAGAAAACCAAAGUUAUGUUUGCCAUUAAAGAAGCAGCAAGAAUGUGUCAUUAAUGGGUUUCUUGUGUUACUGUCUUAAAAAAAAAAACAACAAAAAAAAAACCUCCAACAUAUUUUCCAGCUUGCUCUAAAAGUUGACAUCCAAUCUGAGAGGCAUGGGUGGAAAAAAACAGACAAUGUGGUCUCUGUUUAGGGCUCAUAAUCUCAAGGGAACAUUAUAAUCAGCUGUUGCCAAGCCAAGUUUGUUCCCUCUCAGUGAUGAGAAAGUUCUGGUUUUACCAGCACAGGAGAGCUGACAUUUUUUAUGUUUACAUUCCCAGAUAAGGACGACACACUGGAUUUAUUUUCUCUUUAUCUAUGUUUAACUUGAUUUUAUUUCAGUUUGCCCCGAUUAUGUUUUCAACAUGGUCAUGGUUCUGCUCUGCAAAUUAAUCACAGUGUUGCCAGAUAUGUAGUAAUUAUCACAUUUGCAUGAUAAUUCACUUGUAGUCAAUAUGUGUAAAAAUCCCCAAAUGUACCAUUAUUUUGGUGCACCUCAUAUGAUUUAUAAUACAGAAGACUGACACGAGAUGUAUCGUAAGUCUCCUGAGAUCUCGUGAGACACCAUGGGCACAGAUUAGGACCCACGUCUCUGCAAUCGCAGUUCCAGAUGCACUGCCAUCUGUGUUGUGUUGAAUGUACCAUACAUUCUCAGAAAUACAAAAAAAAAAAAAAAAAAAUUGGAAAUCUGGCAACACUGAUGGAAUGAGUCCUAUUCACCUUUAGAGCAAAUGAAUGUUCACAUGUUAUCUGAUAAUUUCUUUGUCUGGAGACUCCCAAAAAAAGAUGCAAAUGUUGUGAAUGUAUAUGAUUUGAAAAUGUCACUUGCAGGACUGCACAUUUUUGUCAGUUUUGUUUACCAAAGUAAUACAAUAGCAUUGAAGAAACAAGAGAUUUGCUGUAUUGUAAAUAAAGUGAUGUUUAUUCAGUAUUUUAACAUUACAAGUGACUUCAGAGGGCGCUACCUCAACAGGAUUUUGUACUUACAUGUAAAAUGUCAACAGCAGUUUAUUGAUAUAGUGCUGCCAUUUAUAAUAAGGGGUUUUGAUAGUAUUUUUGAUCUUUGUAUAACAUAAUUGUAUUUUCAUUUUAUUGCAUUUUAACAUUAUGGAAGUGAAUUUCCAAGAAGCUAUAAAAGCAUUGCUCACCAAAUGGUAACUGUAUGUAAAUAAUAAUGAUGCCCACACUUUUUAAACUUUAGUUGUUCAAUGUUAUAUUCUUGAAAGUGUGCAACAGAGUGAAUAUUGAAAAAGGCCAACAAUUUGCCACUUUUAACAGAGGUUUUUGAUUAAAUGAAUAAGAGGUAAAAGAAACACUGUUGAACUUUGUUAUUUAUAUUUUGCCACAAUUUCUUGUAUGCUGCUGUGCAGAAUAACAUGUAUGAAUUCAAUACUAGAGAAAUAAAACCUUAUCAAAUAUUUAGAA